AUGGCCGACUACCAGUCCAUCCCUGAGCGGCGCCCCGUGCCGCGGCCUCAGGAAUAUGGCCACGAUAAUUACCAGCGAGAUGCGGCUUUCUCCAACAUUUUCGGCGCCGCCCCCCCUCCCGGCCGAUCGCAGACCAUGACAGACUCUGUCCCUCCCCCAGACAUGAUGAUGCAGCAGCAGCAGCAGCAGCAGCAGCGAGAUCCUCGCGGCUACCCCCGCGGGGACCCUCGUGGAGACCCGCGAAGAGAUCCUCGUGGAGACCCUCGCGGAGGAUACCCUCGCGAACAGAACAUGUCACCCAACAUGCCGGGAAUGCAGCGGAUGCCACCCCCUCGCCCCCGACCGAGUGGCUACAACGGGGAACCACCACCGUCUCCUAGGACGAGAACGAUGGACAGCAGCAGCAUGGGUGGCUACUACCCGAGUCAACGCACAGUAUCUGCCGGACAGCAGGUUCCCUCUCCGCAGGCUCAGUAUCUACAACAGCAACAGCAAAUGCGACGGUAUCCCGGCCAGCCAGCUCCCCCUCGGGGUCCUCCACCCCAAGGCGGCUACAGCAACAUGAGGACGCCGGCGCAACGGUUUUACAAUGGCCCUCCGCAGCCCUCUAUGAAUUCCGACCCCUAUCGAUCGCAAUCUCUCGCCAGCGUUCCGCGUCAGCAAAUGUAUCACCCUCCGCCGAACACGUAUCAGCAGUCAGCUGCCAACGCCUCCCGCCAAGCGCAAUACAACCCCCAUCAGGCAAGGACGACAGCGCAGGGCAGGGUCGUCCCCGACAGGCACGACGACCGGACCAUGUCCCUCAGCGGUGCUUAUGGAUCUCACGACCGAGAUUCUCAUCAGACUAUGAGUGGGCGCGUCAUCCCAAACCGCAGGAUACCUGGAGCAGGCACAGCGCCUGAUCUGCCCAACACCAACGGCUAUGCCUCCUCUCAAAGCUUCAAUGCCACCCCUGGAUCCCAAACGAGGACCAUGAGCAUCACAUCUUCUCACAGCGGCAACAACGACCACCAGCGAACCAUGUCUAUGGCGUCCACUGUGGCUCCCUCAGUUGCUGCUAGUGAAAGGACUGAGACCCAGACCCUGGUUCACCGACCCUCUGUCAGCACCAAGUCCACCGACGGCGAUCGGCCACCGACCGCCAAGAUCCGCCCGCCGCUGGUCUAUCCGGCCCUCCUGUCUCGGGUGGCAGAAGUGUUCCAGCAAAAGAUAGUGACUGGUGAACGGACCAAGAACGAGCUCACCUACAAGAAUGCUUUCAGCGGUGCGGAGGCGGUGGACGUUCUUUCUUACAUUAUUCGAACCACCGACAGAAACCUGGCGCUCCUUCUCGGGCGAGCCCUUGAUGCUCAGAAAUUCUUCCACGAUGUCACCUACGAACACCGAUUGCGGGACUCGACGUCGGAGAUGUACCAGUUCAGGGAGAAUUUGACGGAGGAGGCACCGCCAGAAGACAAGAACCCGGUGAACGGAGUGUUCGUCCUAUUGUCGGAAUGUUAUUCGCCCACCUGUACUCGGGAUCAGCUGUGCUAUUCGAUUGCGUGUCCCCGCCGCUUGGAACAGGUGUCUCGUCUGAAUCUGAAGAUGGGCCCCGGCCUGAAGGGCAACGAGGGACCCGCGAUCAAUGACGACGACGCCGACCAAACAGACGAACAGAAGCUCUGGAUCAACUCCGUGCCCAAGGAGAUUGCAGACAGCGUGGGAGACAAGGAGAAGAAGAGGCAGGAAGUGCUGUCGGAGAUCUGCUACACUGAGCGAGAUUUCGUCAAGGAUCUGGAGUAUCUACGCGACUUCUGGAUCAUUCCCUUGCGGUCGAAGGCCUCGCCCAUCCCACCGAACCGCAAGGACAGGGUCGUGCGCAACAUCUUCAGCAAUAUUGUCGACCAUCCGGCUCUACACACCGUCAGUUCUCGCUUUGCUAAGGCGUUGACGGAAAGGCAACAAAAGAACCCUGUUGUGCGCAAUAUUGGUGACAUCUUCCUCGAGUUCGUGCCUCAGUUCGAGCCCUUCAUCAUGUACGGUUCGAAACAGCUUGAAGCCAAGUACGAGUUCGAGAACGAACGUUCUAUCAAUCCUACCUUUGGUCGGUUCGUCGACGAGAUCGAGCGUCGCAAGGAGUCUCGUAAGCUGGAGCUCAACGGUUAUCUGACCAAGCCUACGACAAGAUUGGCUCGUUACCCUCUGCUACUCGAGAAUGUGCUCAAGUACACCGAGGCGGAGAAUCCGGAUAGGGAAGACAUUCCCAAGGUCCUCGUCAUGAUUCGCGAUCUCCUCGGUAGGGUCAAUGCCGAGUCCGGAAAGGCCGAGAACCGCUUCAAUCUGCGCAAGCUCCACGACCAGCUCGAGUUUAGGCCCAACGAGCGAGUCGACCUGAGGCUAUUGGACGAGGGACGCGAGCUCAUCUUCAAGAAUCAGUUCAAGAAGUCUCCCACCGACCCCGCUGAUAUCAUUGCCUAUCUUUUGGACCAUGCUGUUCUCCUGGUACGGACCAAGCAAGUGGGCAAGCUUGAGCGCCAGAAGGCGUAUAGACGGCCUAUCCCGCUCGAACUUCUCUCCAUCAAGGAGAUGGACGAAGUCAUCCCUCAACAGGGUUCUGUGAAGCGGUCGUCUUCCAGCUUGCUUCCGGCAUUGAGGAAUGCCAAUUCGGACGCCAAGAAGGGAGAGGGCUGGCCCAUUACCUUGAGGCAUCUGGGCAAGGCUGGCUAUGAGCUGACUAUUUAUGCUUCCAACCAAGCGGCCAGGCAGAAGUGGCUCGAGCAUGUCGACACACAACAGCAAAAGUUGAGAGCUCGUGCUGACUUCCUCAACACGAUCGUCAUCUCGUCCAACUUCUUCACGGCUACGAACAAGGUCAACUGUGUUGCUCCAUUUGAUGGUGGCCGCAAGCUCAUCUAUGGAACGGACAACGGCAUCUACGUCUCUGAUCGCAAGAGUCGCCUCGACCAGGUUCCCAAGCGUGUCAUUGAGGCCCAGACCGUCACUCAGCUUGACGUUCUGGAGGAGUACCAGCUGCUGUUGGUAUUGUCAAAUAGGACGCUUGUCUCGUAUCCAUUGUCGGCUCUGGAUCCCAACGAACCCCAGCUGUCGAAGCGCGGGAAGAAGAUCCAAGGCCACUGCAACUUCUUCAAGACUGGCAUCUGCCUCGGAAGGCACCUGGUCUGCUGCAUCAAGUCAUCAGCGCUGUCAACAACCAUCAAGGUGUACGAGCCGAAUGACGCCAUGUCCAAGGCCAAGAAGCAGAAAGGAUUUGGCAAGAUGUUCAAUGCAGGACAGGACGAGCUCAAGCCGUUCAAGGAGUUCUACAUCCCCACGGAAUCCUCAUCAGUGCAUUUCCUCAAAUCCAAGCUGUGCGUGGCUUGUGCUCGCGGCUUCGAAGUGGUUUCUCUCGAGACCCUGGAGACCCAGUCGUUGCUUGACCAAGCCGACACGUCCUUGGACUUUGUGGCUCGCAAAGAAAACGUCAAGCCCAUCCACAUUGAGCGUCUCAACGGAGAAUUCUUGCUCAACUACUCCGAGUUCUCCUUCUUUGUCAACCGCAACGGUUGGAGAGCUCGACCCGAGUGGAGGAUCGACUGGGAGGGAGCACCGCAGAAUUUUGCGCUGUCAUACCCUUGGAUCCUGGCUUUCGAGCCCAACUUCAUUGAGCUGCGCAACAUUGAGUCGGGCGCUAUUCAUAUUGUGCCUCACAAGAACAUCCGCAUGCUACACAGCAGUACUCACGAGAUUAUUUUCGUCUACGAGGAUGAGCGGGGCGAGGAUGUGGUCGAGGCUCUUGAUUUCUGGAAAGCGCAGCGUGCGUCCAUGAUCGGUUCUCCAGAGAAACCGGCCUUGACUGGAUCUCCAAUACCGCAUGGCCGCGUCCAAUGA